AUGACCCGCUUCCGGCCCUGCAUCGACCUCCACGCCGGCCAGGUCAAACAGAUUGUCGGCGGGACACUGAGCGCGCAAGAGUCCGAGCUGAAGACAAACUACAUUUCGCAGCAUCCAGCGGAGUACUUUGCACAUCUCUAUCGCGAUGCGAGUCUCUUGGGCGCCCAUAUUAUCAUGCUUGGACCGGGGAACGAACAGGCUGCGAAGGAAGCUCUAGCCAUCUGGCCCGGGCGUCUCCAGGUUGGUGGUGGCAUCACGGACGCCAAUGCAAAGGAAUGGAUUGAAGCCGGCGCUGAAAAGGUAAGCAGGAGAGACCCUUUUGCCGUCAUCGUCAUCGUCUUCAUCCUCGCCUUUGUUCCUGACCGGGGGUCACCCUCCAUCCGGGUCAUUAUCACUUCGUUCCUAUUCCCCCACGGCCGCUUUUCUCUGGAGCGGUUGAAAUCCGUGCUCGCGGUGCUGGCGGACGAUAGGGACAAGCUCGUCAUCGACCUCAGCUGUAGGAGGAGCGGCAAUACAUGGUUCGUGGCCAUGAACAAGUGGCAGACUAUCACCGAGAUGGAAAUCACCAAAGAGAGCAUCAAGAUGCUCGAACCGUAUUGUUCGGAAUUCCUCAUCCACGCAGCCGACAACGAAGGCCUCCAGCAAGGCAUCGAUACAGAGCUCGUCAAGAGGUUGUCUGACUGGUGCACCAUCCCGGUGACAUACGCCGGGGGCGCCCGCGCCGUGGGAGAUCUUGACCUUGUGAAGCAAUGCAGCCAAGGCAAGGUCGACCUGACCAUCGGCAGUGCUUUGGAUAUUUUUGGCGGCAGCGGAGCCAGAUUUGAAGAAUGUAUCAGAUGGAAUGCAGAGAAUGCGUAA